AUGCUGAAUGAAGGUAUUUCCUUACUGACUAACCGACAGAAAAUUAUUAAAUUAGCAGACAAAUCUGAAUUUGGUUGGGCCACUGUUCAAGAACACGUCUGUGACCACUUGGCCGAUGAUGAAGCUGACACCUCCAAAAUCAAAAAGGCCGAGAAAAGAGCGGCAGCUAAGUUCAAAUCCUUGCAAGAGAAGAAGAGAAGAACCAACGCCAAAUUUUCAACUUCUGCGCCUUCACCAAGCAAUGCUUCCAGGUUUAGUGGUCCGUCGGGUUUCUUUUUUCCUCCUACUGCUAGUUAUUUUCAUCCCCAAGGUUGAUACUUGGGAAACAUUUUCAGAGGCUCCGACUUGUGUUUUUGAUGUGGGAAGAGAGGUCACUGGGCCAGUUCCUGGCCCUCUAAAGAUGAACUCUUGUCCUCAGGAUGCAAAUUUUGAUUUUUUGGAUUUGGAUCAGUAUGAAUUUGAUCAGUCAGAGCAGGGAAUUGUCGGUUCCUCUUUUAUCCAAGGGAAGUUGCAUGCUAAUUUGUCUUUUUGGCAUGAUACAGUUAGAGUUUCAGAUUUUGUGCUGGAUAUUAUUGAAAGCAGUUACAAGAUUCUUUUCCAGGAGACACCUUUACCGUAUUCAAUUGAGAACAGAUCGUCCGCCCUUAUUCAUAGAGGGCUUUCUUCAGGAGGCUGUUUCAGAGUUGCUGACGCAUGGCUGUACAAGAGAGGUUUCAGUUUAUCCUCGGUUUUGCAAUCCUUUGCAUGUUGGUGUGCAGUCAUGAAAACUUAG